CCUUCACGCACGCUACUACAUACCCUGCAGCAUCUCGAAUUGCGAUCGACUUCAAUGGUGUGUUAAUUUGCAUGCAUUUGUGUCCUAUAUAUACGUGCAUCCAGAUCAAGGCUAGCCUUCAUCGAGCACCACCGCAACACAUCUCGAUCACUCUGCGAAACACAAGAAAUUAACACACAGCACACAAGAAGCAACAACAAUGGCGUCGUCCAACAACGUCGUGGCCACCGAGGUGAGCAACGCGGUGACCAAGCUCAACGACCACCUCGCCACCGCCCUCACCGGCAGCGGCGAGAACACCACCACCACCGGCACCGGCGGGGCCACCACCACCACCAUCAUCACGCUGGCGGGGGAGAACAGCGGCGCCACCAUGGAUGCCGCUGCGGCUGGUGGCGACGUGGAGGACCUCGUCGUCGUCGGCAGCGCGGACGCGGAUCCGGAGGAGCACGACGACGAAGGCCAGGAGGAGGAAGAGGAGGAGGAGAACGUGGUGAUCACCGCCUACGCCAACAGCAACUACCAGGCCGUCAACAACUCGGUGCUCGUCGCCGGCAGCUGCGCCGUCAACGACCCCGGCGUGCACGUCGUCGUGGUGGAGCACGUCGACGAGAUCCGCGACUACGAUGAGGACAUCGACGGCCAGGAGUUCUAAGCAUUGCAUUAUUAAUUACUGCAAGUGAUGGUUUCAACGACAGUAUUACGAACAACUCCGAUCGAUCCCUCAGCACGUAAAAUGAUGUUCGAAAGUUGUUACUAGUUGAUGAGGUGAUCACUAUCACUAUAUGGAUGAUAAAGGACAUAUAUAUCAUAUAUCUAUGCAUGCAUGGCAUAUAUAUCUAUGUAAUCCCGGCUUUCAGUUUCGUUUGUGAGACUUGUUUGGCUUAUUAA